GGCAAAUUAGCACAAAACAAGAACAACUCUUAAUUUUCUUCCUUUAAAAAAAAAAAAAAAAAAAUGGAUUUAGGUGAAAGCCUAAGAUCAAACAGCAAAAAAGGCGAAAGCUUUAGGGCUCACAGUUCAAAUCUAUGGAGGCACACAGGCAUUGAGGUUUUCUCAAGAUCGUUUCACGAAGAAGACGACGAGGAGGCCUUAAAAUGGGCUGCGCUCGAAAAACUCCCGACUUUCGACCGACUUCGAAAAGGGAUUCUUUUCGGGUCGAAAGGCCCGGGAGAGAUCGACAUUCAAGACCUCGAUUUUCACAAAAAACGGGCUUUGGUCGAGAGGCUCGUUAACACGGUGGAAGAUGAUAAUGAAAAGUUCUUGUUGAAGCUAAGGAAUAGGAUAGAUAGAGUUGGAAUUGAUAUUCCUACUAUUGAAGUGAGGUAUGAGCAUCUAAAUGUUGAUGCAGAGGCUUAUAGUGCAAGCAGGGCUUUGCCUACUUUUGUCAACUUCAAUAUCAAUUUGGUAGAGGGGAUUUUGAACUCACUUCACAUACUCCCAAGUAGAAAGAAGCCUUUCACAAUCCUUAAGGAUGUAAGUGGAAUAAUCAAACCAUGCAAGAUGACUUUGCUUUUGGGUCCUCCAAGUUCUGGAAAAUCAACCCUUUUGCUGGCUUUGGCUGGAAAACUUGAUCCCACUCUCAAAACUUCAGGAAGAGUGAGUUACAAUGGGCAUGAAAUGAAUGAAUUUGUGCCCCAAAGAACAGCAGCAUACAUUAGCCAAAACGAUCUGCAUAUCGGCGAAAUGACUGUACGAGAGACCUUGUCUUUCUCGGCCAGAUGUCAAGGAGUCGGCUCACGAUACGAGAUGUUGGCAGAGCUGUCAAGAAGAGAAAAAGCAGCAAACAUUAAACCAGACGCUGAUGUUGACAUCUACAUGAAGGCAGCAGCUACAGAAGGAGAUGAAGCAAAUGUGGUCACAGACUACAUUCUCAAGGUUUUGGGGCUCGACGUUUGCGCCGACACUAUGGUUGGUGACGAGAUGAUUAGGGGCAUUUCCGGCGGACAGAAAAAACGAGUCACAACCGGGGAAAUGAUGGUGGGGCCCGCGAAGGCGCUCUUCAUGGACGAGAUAUCGAACGGUCUCGACAGCUCGACUACUUACCAAAUUGUCAACAUGUUGAGGCAGUACGUACACAUCAUGAAAGGCACAGCUUUCAUCUCCCUUCUUCAGCCGGCUCCCGAGACUUACGACCUUUUUGACGAUAUUGCCCUCUUGUCCGACGGUCAAAUCGUCUAUCACGGUCCACGCGAAAACGUGCUCGACUUUUUCGACUCCAUGGGGUUUAAGUGUCCCGAAAGAAAAGGAGUUGCCGAUUUCUUGCAAGAGGUCACAUCGAAGAAAGAUCAACAACAAUAUUGGGCAAACAAAAACGAGCCGUACCAUUUUGUCUCUGUUACUGAAUUUUCGGAGGCAUUUCAAUCGUUCGAAAUCGGCCGGAGGCUCGGGGACGAGCUAAGCAUCCCAUUCAACAAGACACAAAACCACCCAGCGGCAUUAACGACCGAAAAAUACGGGCUCGGAAAAAAAGAGCUCCUCAAAGCCUGCAUGGAUAGGGAACUCUUGUUGAUGAAGCGAAACUCUUUCCUAACGGUGAUGUCGCUUAUAGCAAUGACGAUAUUCUUACGUACGAAGAUGGAUAAGGAGACUGUACAAGACGGUGGGAUUUACACGGGAGCUCUGUUUUUCGCGGUUAUAAUGGUUAUGUUUAACGGGAUGUCUGAGCUGGCGAUGACGAUUUACAAGCUGCCCGUUUUUUACAAACAAAGGGAAAUGUUCUUUUUCCCACCGUGGGCUUACGCUAUACCCUCGUGCGUUCUGAAAAUCCCGGUUACUUUUAUCGAAGUUGCUAUAUGGACUUUCUCGACUUAUUAUGUGAUCGGGUUCGAUCCAAAUGUAGGAAGGUUGAUGAAACAAUACCUUUUGCUUUUACUUGUGCAUCAAUGCGCAUCAGCAUUGUUCCGAUUCAUAGGCGCGGCCGGUAGGAGUAUGGUUAUGGCGAACACGUUAGGAUUAUACGCACUUCUCCUACUUUUCGCCUUAGGUGGAUUUGUCCUAGCACGAGUCGAUGUGAAGAAAUGGUGGCUAUGGGGAUAUUGGUCUUCGCCAUUAAUGUAUGCACAGAACGCGAUUCUUGUGAAUGAGUUCACAGGACAUAGUUGGAGCAGAAUGAUAAACGGAAGCAAGCUAGGAGAUAUAGUGUUGGAGUCUCGAGGCUUUUUCCCUCAGGCAUAUUGGUAUUGGAUAGGACUCGGAGCCACGUUCGGUUUCAUAUGGAUAUUCAACAUAUUCUACUUACUAUCACUUAUGUACCUCGACCCUUUCGAAAAACCUCAAGCCGUAUUACCCGAAGAAGAAAAUGAAAAAGAUGAUGCUGAAAGAAAUAGCUAUUUCGGCCAAGUUUCAGCUCGAGGUAGCGAUUCUUCGGUCAGAUCAGACGCGAUUGAGGCCAUUGAGAAUCGGAAAAAAGGAAUGAUUCUUCCAUUCGAACCACAUUCGCUAACAUUCGACGAUAUUCGAUACUCUGUCGACAUGCCCGCGGAAAUGAAAGCUCAAGGCGCCGCAGAAGAUAAAUUGGAGCUGCUAAAGAGUGUGAGUGGGGCCUUUCGACCGGGCGUUCUUACGGCUUUGAUGGGCGUUAGUGGGGCCGGUAAAACGACUUUAAUGGACGUGCUAGCGGGUCGAAAAACGGGCGGAUAUAUAGAAGGGAAUAUCACGAUAUCCGGAUACCGAAAGAACCAAUCGACUUUCGCUAGGAUUUCCGGUUAUUGCGAACAAAACGACAUACAUUCUCCCAACGUCACGGUCUACGAAUCGCUCGUUUAUUCGGCUUGGUUGAGGUUGCCUCAAGAUGUCGAUGCAGGAACAAGAAAGAUAUUCAUAGAGGAGAUAAUGGAACUAGUCGAGCUCAACUCGUUGAGAGGGGCACUUGUCGGGCUGCCAGGUGUCAACGGGCUCUCGACCGAGCAGAGGAAAAGGCUGACUAUAGCAGUCGAGCUUGUGGCGAAUCCUUCCAUCAUAUUCAUGGACGAGCCGACUUCGGGCCUUGAUGCACGAGCCGCAGCUAUUGUAAUGAGAACCGUUCGAAAUACAGUCGACACGGGACGAACCGUGGUUUGCACCAUACAUCAGCCUAGCAUCGACAUAUUCGAAGCAUUCGAUGAGCUAUUCUUGAUGAAAAGAGGAGGGCAAGAAAUAUACGUCGGGCCAUUGGGUCGCCACUCGUCUCAUUUGAUCAACUACUUCGAAGGAAUCGAAGGGGUCCCGAAAAUAAAAGACGGUUACAAUCCAGCCACGUGGAUGUUGGAAGUCACGACUUCGGCACAAGAGCUUAUUAUAGGGAUCGAUUUUGCCGAUCACUAUAGAAACUCGGAACUAUACAAGAGCAACAAAUCCUUGAUCAAGGAACUAAGCGUGCCUCGACCGGGAACUAAGGACCUAUAUUUCCCAACUAAAUACUCCCAACCUUUCUUCACUCAAUGCUUAGCUUGCUUAUGGAAACAACACUGGUCAUAUUGGCGUAAUCCGCCUUACACGGCUAUAAGAUUUUUGUUCACGACCUUCAUAGCCAUCAUUUUUGGGACGAUGUUUUGGGAUCUCGGAUCUCGAUGGCGAACUCAACAAGACUUGUUGAAUGCCAUGGGCUCGAUGUAUUGCGCUAUCCUUUUUCUCGGUUUCCAAUACGGUUCGACCGUGCAACCCGUGGUAGCCAUCGAGCGAACAGUUUUCUAUAGAGAAAAAGCGGCGGGCAUGUAUUCGGCUCUGCCUUACGCAUUCUCACAGUUCCUCAUCGAAAUUCCUUACGUGUUCGUACAGUCCGUGGUGUACGGUCUCAUAGUGUACUCGAUGAUCGGGUUCAAUUGGGAUGUGAAGAAGUUCUUUUGGUACAUAUACUUCAUGUUCUUCUCGUUGCUCUACUUUGUACUAUAUGGAAUGAUGACUGUGGCCGUAACGCCAAACCACAACGUUGCCGCCAUUAUUUCUACUUUCUUCUACGCGUUGUGGAAUCUCUUCUCCGGAUUCAUCAUCCCUCGACCCAGGAUACCCGUUUGGUGGAGAUGGUACUGUUGGGCCAACCCCGUGGCUUACACUUUGUACGGUUUGAUAGUAUCUCAAUUUGGCGAGAUUCAAGAUCGGAUGGAGACAGGGCAAACGGUCGAGCAGUUCUUGAGAAGUUACUUUGGCUUCCGACACGACAUGCUUGGAAUGGUUGCGGCUAUAGUUCUUGGAUUUGUUGUCCUCUUCACUUUCAUAUUCGCGUAUUCUAUAAGGGCAUUCAAUUUCCAGAGGAGAUAAACAAACAAACAAACAGACAAACAAAAAUAUCACGAUACUUAUUAUCGUGUCAUUGUUUCGUCUUUCUUUUGUGUGUGUGUGUGUAAGCUCCAUAGUGUUUUCCUUACCAUACUUCUUUUAGUUUUCUGUACUAUAUCUGUCUAGUUUUUUCGGAUAAAAUAUUUUUUUGCAAGACUUUGCAGCUUAUAGUAUUUUUCAUGGUAAAAUGCAAAUUCAGUUUAAUUACAUCUAGAAGUUGGAAAUUAUGAAUGUUUAUGCUAUAGAUUACAAUGUCAGAAAUUACGCAUGUUACAUGAUGGCAUGAUGCGAAAAAUGUUUUAUCCUUCCUAAAAUUAAGCAUGUUUUUAAUGUUGUUCACUUGACUUUGUACUAUUGUCCAAGAAUAUAGCUGGCAAGAUAUUACAUCAUAAUCACCACAAAAUUCACGACAAUCAAUUGAAUCCAAAAAACUCAUUU